GUGGACUUUCUUCUUUUCGUCAAAGUAGAAGAAAUAAUACGGUUUCUUUUGUGCACUAUCCUGUGGAGAUUGUUUAUGAUUCGAAUAUCCUUUUCCAAAGGAUUUCUUUUCGUCAGCACUAAAUAUGGUGUGUGUUUCAUUAAAGGUCAAGUGCCUAUGUCUAGUGAAACACACGGGAGCUAUAUGUCCUACCCUAUUGCAAUAAUGGCAUACUACAUUUGGGUUGAACAUAUGCCUAGGUUGAGAUCAGUUCGACGAAAAGGAAGAUUAUCCUGCGUGCAUAAGGUCACGAUUGUGGGCAGCCUAAGGGUGAUGAACCCCCCUGACGAGAGCGGCGCCUUGAGGACGUGGAGGUGAUAGCAGAUCUACAACGAGGUUAUGCGAAAGCAGAUCGUGGAACUCACACAGCGCAUGGCGGUGCGAGAUUUGGAGAAUCACGAGGAGUUAGAUCAGGGCUCUCGGUCUUUGUUUGAGAACCCCUAUCAUUGCAAUCCUCGCGGUCGUGAUUUUUGCGUCCGUGAUGACUAUCGUGGAGGGCUAGGGUUUAAGGUGGAAAUCCCUAGUUUUUCAGGAACCCUGCACACUGAUGAUUUCAUUGAUUGGCUAAACGAGGUGGAUCGGAUCUUCGAGUAUAAGGAGGUUCCGGAUCAUGACAAAGUGAAGCUCGUUGCGAUCAAACUCCAAGGACGAGCCUGCGCAUGGUGGAAACAGAUGCAGCGAUCCCGUGAGAAGAAGGGCAAGCCAAAGGUCAACGAUUGGGAGAAAAUAAGGGAGUUUGCCUACAACAGAUCGAUGAAUAGGACCACUGGACUAAGCCCAUUUCAGGUUGUCUUGGGGCAGAACCCAUCAGGCGUGCUGGACUUAACCCCUAUUCCACGAGUGGGGCACAUUCAUCCAAAAGCUGAGGAGAUGACAGAGCACCUAGUCAGCGUACAUGACCAGAACCCAUCAGGCGUGCUGGACUUAACCCCUAUUCCACGAGUGGGGCACAUUCAUCCAAAAGCUGAGGAGAUGACAGAGCACCUAGUCAGCGUACAUGACCAGAUUCACUCCUCAUCUUUUGCUGAGCAUGUAGUUGUUUUUGCUACACGCAGUGAACUGCACAACAAAGGAAAUUUUGGUUGGGACAAGACUCUUGCUCUUGUGUCAGCUGUCUUUUACUGGCCAAGAGAUGUGACUCAUUUUGUAGAUAGUUGUUAUAACCCAUCAGGCGUGCUGGACUUAACCCCUAUUCCACGAGUGGGGCACAUUCAUCCAAAAGCUGAGGAGAUGACAGAGCACCUAGUCAGCGUACAUGACCAGGUUGUCUUGGGGCAGAACCCAUCAGGCGUGAUGGACUUAACCCCUAUUCCACGAGUGGGGCACAUUCAUCCAAAAGCUGAGGAGAUGACAGAGCACCUAGUCAGCGUACAUGACCAGGUGAUAUGUAAGAUUGAGGAGAGCAAUAAAAAAUAUAAGGCACGAGUGGAAAAACAUCGACGACAAGUUCUGUUUGAUGUCGGUGAUUUUGUUAGGGCUGUGUUAACCAAAGAUCGCUUCCCUGUUGGCGAAUACGAGAAACUCAAGGAGCAAAAGAUUGGACCCUACGAGAUUGUGCAAAUGAUCAAUGAUAAUGUUUAUCGUUUGCGGCUUCCCAGUCACCUAAAAAUGUCUGAUGUUUUCCAUGUGAAGCACCUCACUCCUUGCUUUGCCGACUCGGAAGAAGAUGAUGUGAACUCAAGGGCGAGUUCUCUCCAACCUGGGGAGACUGAUUCGUCAAAGGACCCAAAUGGAGCAACGACAUUGGCACUUGUCUUUCAUGAAAAGCACGACUAGCGCCGGAAGGGAAGAAGUAGCCUUUUAGGGUGUCACGCUAUUGUCGGCAUAACUUUUGCUAGGAGUGUCCAUUUUCAGCGUGCGAGCACUUUCUGGAAAGUUCUCAACGAGACGCACAUGGGCAUGAUCGGUCAAAGACCCAUCGGGA